AUGUACGUGACUUGCACGGUGCAGGCGAAAGGCACUCGUCUGGCCAAACCGGUGCUGUCUCUCGGGCUCAUGUGUCUGGCCUUCCUCACCGGUCUGAACCGUGUGGCUGAAUACCGCAACCACUGGUCGGACGUCAUCGCUGGCUUUAUCAUCGGCACAGCCAUUGCCACUUUCCUGGUGGUGUGCGUGGUCCACAACUUCAAAGGCAAGUUACUGCUGAGCGAGGAGUCACCAGCGGAGCAGCGGCCCAACACAGCCAUGCUGAACAUGGGCCGAGUGGAGAGUCCUCUGGAGAAGUACAUCGCCUCACAGAAUCACAUCGCCUUCGCUGAGGUCACAUGACGUGGAGUCAGCCGUGUGGCAGACCCAUUGGACGUCCACGCUCUUCACCGUCCAAUCCAAUUAACUGGAGCGCAGCGCUAAACCCAUUAUCUAUGUGUGUCUGGUCUGCGGUAUGUUGUUCUUUGUUGUCUUUACCAAGCCCAUGUCAUCAUUUGCAGCUUCUUGUAUCUAAGGGGGAAAAAAAAUUAAAAAAGAAGAGCCAGUAACUCAGCAGGACAGACUGCUUCUGCGUUCUCCAUCUAUGCACUUACUCAGAAUCCUUGACAGAAUCCAACUUGUUAUGAGGCGAACCCUUGAAUGGACUUGUUGCACCCUGUUGGACACUAGAACAAGUGAAGAGCAAAAUGCACCAUCUCAACUCUGCGUAGGUCAAAUAUUUUCUCACAGUUUGGUUAUUUUGUGUGUGAAACAGCAUUGUUCCAAUAAGAUGGCUGUUGGGAAAACUAUCUGGUCAGUAAUUUGAGUGAGCAAUUUCCUCCUUUCAACUUUAUUGCUGUUAUCACAUCACCUUUGCAACAUUCAGACAACUGCUGUGGGCCCAUAUUUAUCAAACUAAUUAGAAUAAAAUUGUGGACAUACAUGAAAAACAAAGCUAAUAAUUCUUAACUUACAAUUCUCCCUAAAUUUAAGAGAGCCUCAGAGGUCUCUUGAUUUGCUUUAGAGCAUCACCUUAGUGUCCUAGAGAUAGUACUGAAUCUGAAUUUGGACUGAAUCUCAGUGCAGACUGAGUUUAGCUUGUGGAGGCAAAAUUAAUCGGAACAGGCAUUUCAUGUAGAGAACUUUGGUGACACAAAAAAUGACGUCGCUAUACUGAGUUUGAAGGUACAACGAGACAGACACUUCAAAAUACAGGUGGUCGCCAUAUUAACUGUCUCACCAUCUUAUUUUAUAUAAACCUGAUCCAUAUGAACUGCUCCACAAAAGAAGCACGGUUUAUACUUUGACAAUACAGUUUAUGGCUCUUGAAUAUAGUACCUUUUUUCCUGGUUAGCGGCUAACUGAUAACCAGCAGCUGUGGGGUAUUGUGGCUAUCUAAUGUUAGCAUAUUCCCAGCUAGCAAGCAGUUAUCAGAUAGUUAACCACCAGGCUUAAUGCACCACUUGUUUCAAAGGGCCUGCAGGUGAAUUCCACUGUGACCCUACCUGUAUUCUCUGGGCACUAAGGCUGACAGUGAUUUUGGUUGCAAUCACUUUCCAUACAAGUUUUGUCUAAAUUUGUAUGUUUUUUUUCCCAAUUUCCCCCUUUUUGUGUGUUCUUUUAUGAACUCUAUCUAACAGCAGAAUUUCCUGCCUAGCUCCAGUUUGGUUUUCUUUUUGUUGGUGUGUUGUGAUAAUGAGGUUUUGGAGCAGCUUUGUCAGUCGGGUGAAAAUAACCCUGAUGAGUUUCUUUUAAAAAGUGAGGUUGUGAAAAAGGUUGUGGGAGUUUACCAGGCAGGUUAGAGUCUCUCACAGUGUGUCAUGCAAGUCUCAACUUUUUGGAUGUGCAAUACUUUAUCAAUCACUUACUCUCUAAAGAAUAAUUUAUGGAACUUUGAUAAAGAUGGGCUCAGAUCAAAGUAGCAAAUUAGGAAAACUGAUAACUUGGGGUUGUAUUCAAGUGUCAUUCUGUCCUAAUAUCUCUAUGAGGGUUUAAGGUGUGUGUCCAAGAGUGUUUAUGUGUGCAUGUACAGUAUACAGUAUAUGCAGUCAACUCCAACCAAUGAAACACUAUAUACUCUGUAUUCAAAGAAAACUGUCAAGGGUUUCUUAGCCACACCAGACAAUCACCAUCUCCCUCUCUCUUCCUUUUUAUCUUGCUGUUUUCUCUUUCUUAUCUAUCUUUUAUCUGUAUCUUUGUUUCUUGGAAAAUCUACAGUAGAGAUUUUUCCUCUUUUCUCAGAGACAGUAUUUAUUCAUGGCCCAUGUCAUGAAACAAGAGUCAUGGAGACAUGCUGGGCUGCCUUCAUAGUGGGGUAAGAGUCUAUGUAGUCGUAUCUCACAGCCCAUCAGGACACAAACACCUUUGAUCAUCUGCAAGUGUUUUUGUUGCACUAUUUUUUCUCUAGAAUUUCUAUCAUGUAGCUCAGUGUAACAUAAGACAUGAAAAUAUAAUUUUAUUGUAAUCUGGUUUGUAUCUAUACAUGAAUAACUGUCACUUAUAAUUGACAUAAUACUGUUUAUUUUAAUGAAUAACUGUUUUGUACAAUUGAAAAAUCAGCCAUAUUCCUAUUAUACCAGUUGUCUGUUGGAAGGCCUGAACCAAUUAGAAUCCACAGAGAUUUUUCACACAAAACACUUUCUUGGACAUGAAACACACAUCUAAUGGAACAUUCCACCACUUAAGAAACUUUUUUUUUUUUUUUUUGGGCUACAUUCCCCAGAGUCAGAUGAGAAGAUUUAUUUCCCCUCAGUUUUAUCUCUCUGCAUACAGUGCAGGUCCAAAAUGCAUCUAGCCUAGCUUUGCACAAAGACUAGAUGCAAGGGGAAACUGUUCAAUUAUGAUCUUUUUUUCUUUUUUUAAAUUUAUUUUUAUUUUUUCUAUCGUGUAAUCACAUAAAAAAAAACUUUGCAGUU